AGAAAGCAACAAAAAAAAAAAAGAGAGAGAGAGAGAGUGAGCAGGAGGCCAUUCGGCCAAAGCUAGAAAAAAAAUAAAUCAAGUCCUUCAACUUUGAUCUAAAAAUAUCUUUCUUCUUGAAUUCCUAUUAAGUUGGAAACCCUCUUCAAUGUGAUACAACUUUGGAAGCAAAAGAGUACUUUUUUUUCGAAGAGGGGAAUUUGGAAAAGAUAUUGGAGAGCCCGAGACUUGAGUCGGGAUUUGUUUGGCAAGUGAUCGAGAUUUGGUAGUGAGCGAUCGAGGUACGGAUGUUCGUUUUGGUGAUCCUCCAGUAUAGGAUACAUAUUCCGCCACUUGGACCACUCCUUUUGAUUCGGAGCUCAUAUUUUUGAGGCUGAGCAGAUGAUGGUGCUUUAUGGCGAUCCCUCGGAUCAGAGAUCUCUAUCUUUGGAUGAUACAAGCAGCACUGAAGAAUCACCCGAUCAAACAAGGCUGUCUCUGGAGACCACUAAUGAUGCAGUUCCAUACAUAGGACAAAGAUUUCCCACUCAUGAUGCUGCUUAUGAAUUCUAUGCUGAAUUUGCUAAAGGCUGUGGCUUUUCAAUCAGGCGUCACCGCACAGAAGGUAAAGAUGGUGUGGGCAAAGGACUUACAAGACGGUAUUUUGUUUGCCAUCGUGCAGGCAACACUCCUGUCAAAGCCGCUAAUGAUAAUAAGCCUCAGAGGAACAGAAAAUCCUCCCGCUGUGGAUGCCAAGCAUAUAUGCGGAUAAGCAAGACAACUGACAUAGGAAUGCCUGAAUGGAGAGUGACUGGUUUCAUGAACCACCAUAAUCAUGAACUUCUAGAGCCAAACCAAGUACGCUUUCUUCCUGCAUAUCGCAGCAUAUCAGAUGCAGACAAGAGCCGUAUUCUAAUGUUUGCAAAAACUGGAAUUUCAGUGCAGCAAAUGAUGAGACUUAUGGAGCUAGAGAAGGGUAUGGAACCAGGCUAUUUGCCAUUUACUGAGAAGGAUGUCAGAAAUUUGCUUCAAUCAUUCAGGAAGGUGGAUCCUGAGGAUGAAAGCAUAGACUUGUUGAGAAUGUGUAGAAACAUUAAGGAAAAAGAUCCCAAUUUCAAGUAUGAUUUUUCACUAGAUUCCAACAACAGAUUGGAAAAUAUUGCAUGGUCAUAUGCCUCAUCCAUCCAGUCAUAUGAAGUUUUUGGUGAUGCUGUGGUCUUUGAUACAACUCAUCGAUUGACUGCUUUUGACAUGCCACUUGGGAUAUGGGUUGGAGUGAACAACUAUGGUAUGCCAUGCUUCUUUGGUUGUGUUCUUCUUCGAGAGGAAACUAUGAGAUCCUACUCUUGGGCUUUGAAGACAUUCUUGGCGUUCAUGAAUGGGAAGGCUCCACAAACAGUACUAACUGAUCAAAAUAUGUGUCUCAAAGAGGCAAUUAACUUGGAGAUGCCCACAACUAAGCAUGCCCUUUGCAUUUGGCUUAUCGUGGCAAAGUUUCCGUCAUGGUUUAAUGCUGUUUUAGGAGAGCGCUACAAUGACUGGAAGGCUGAGUUUAACCGGCUCUAUAAUUUGGAAUCUGUGGAGGACUUUGAGUUGGGUUGGAGAGACAUGAUGAACACAUUCGGACUGCAUACAAACAGGCAUAUUGCCAGUCUAUUUGCCUUGAGAUCACUGUGGGCGCUGCCAUACCUUAGGAGCCACACCUUUGCUGGCAUGACCACAGCAGGCCACUCAAAGUCAAUCAAUGCUUUUAUCCAACGGUUUCUGAGUGCACAAACCCGGCUAGCACAUUUUGUCGAACAAGUGGCUGUUACAGUUGAUUUUAAGGAUCAAACUGGAGAGCAGCAGACUAUGCAGCAAAAUCUACAAAAUAUAUGCCUUAAAACAGGUGCUCCCAUGGAAGCACACGCUGCUACAGUUCUGACACCAUUUGCGUUCUCUAAGCUUCAAGAACAACUUGUUUUGGCUGCCCAUUAUGCAUCAUUUCAGAUGGAAGAUGGUUUCCUCGUCCGCCACCACACAAAACUUGAGGGUGGACGGAAAGUUUACUGGGUUCCAAGAGAGGGCAUCAUAAGCUGCAGCUGCCACCAAUUUGAGUUCUCUGGAAUACUUUGUCGCCAUGCUCUCCGUGUUCUGUCCACAGGAAACUGCUUUCAAAUACCAGAAAGAUAUCUGCCACACCGGUGGCGAAGAAUCAGUACACCAUCAACAAAAGCUCUUCAAAAUACUCACAAUGACCACAUGGAAAGGGUUCAAUUAUUGCAGAGUAUGGUUUCUACUCUAGUAACCGAAUCAGCAAAGUCAAGGGAACGUCUUGACAUUGCAACAGAGAACGUUUCAAUCCUUCUAUCGAGGAUAAGAGAACAGCCAAUUUGUUCACAAGGUGUCAGAGAGUUAUCCUCAAAUCAGAGAAAUCUUUGAUUAUAGUUAAAUACUUUUGAUUACAUCCAGAAUUUUUGUAGAAAAUAGGGACAAAAGAGAUGAAACAGGGGAAAUUUGUCUAGCUAGUGUGUAAAGAGUUGAGAGCUGGCUUGAUACCCUUUAUAUGACAGAUUUGCAGAUUGUGUUUUCCAAAAUCUGAUAAACCGAUAUGUAAAGUUUUGUGCUCCAGGGAAAACAUGAAAAAGGCAAUAUAUUUAUUAACUUUAUAUGCUGCUUUUGCAUUGAAGGGGAAAGAAAAAGACUAAGAAUCAGAUUUUUCUUGUUCUGUGCAUGUAUUGGGUUUUUUUCUAUAAUUAUUUAGUUAUCCAAUACUCACUGAUUCGACUGGUUUUUCAUUAAUAUGCAUUUAUUAGCUGUUACUCU